AUGACUGUCGCAAAUGUCUUUCCAGUCACUAGUCCAAACACAGUAGUUCCUUCUGACGGCAACGUCGCCAACAGCAUUCUCAGCCGAGCAGAAAAUUUCGCUGAUUCUUCCUCUUCGACCAUCCCGACAAGCCAAGACGGAGCCGAAUACCUUAUGACUUCUUUGAAACCGGCUUCUGCUCUCAGGGCCGAAGAAUUCGUGGAAACAGCAUAUACUCGCUUUAUGGGCCACUUGUAUGUGGUUCCAUUUAUUGCACGUGGUUUCAAUAUAUAUUUCCCUUGCUUAGUGUUAAUACUUUGUAUGAUUACAUACUUUCGCCUCGGCAACCGCUUGCUCCACUGGCUCGGCGUGCCCCAACUCAUUGACCCAACCUUCUCACAAGAAAAGCCUGGACAUCCAUGGUCACAGAGCAGUCAAGGCGAGAGGCAGAACUUUGGGCAGAGUCAGAUGGAAAGUAUGGACGAGACUCUAGAGGCUGUGGAAUAUGGUCGGCUUCUGCUAAAGCGAGGUAAAUUCUAG